CUGUCUCUGAUUCUGACCCCUCUGGGGCCGCUCGGAAGUGAGAUCGCAGCGCUUAUCCUCUGUGGCCACUUACUUCGCUUACUGAGCCCCGCGUCCUCCAGAUCCAUCCACGUUGCAUCUGUCCGGAUCUCCUUCCGCUCUAAGGCUGAGCAGCAUCCUGCUCUGUGGACGGGCGCGUUUGCUUACCGCUCACCUGCAGACGGACACUCGGGUUGCCUCUGCCGUGAGCUGCUGUGAGCAGGGGUGUGGCUUCAUUCAUAACCACCCCAGGCUGAGAACAACCCACAUUUCACAGCUGGUGAACGGGGAGCAUGUCGGUCCAUCCACACCAGCAGGCCCACCAUGUCCGGGGCUCGGGCCCCAGAGCCGGCCCUCAGCGUGCAGGGAGACUCCACCACCAGCACAGGGGACGAGGACGAGGACGCUGCCCACGGGACUCAGCACUCCCAUCGCAUGCUCAGCUUCAGCGACGCACUGCUGUCCAUAAUCGCCACCGUCAUGAUCCUGCCUGUGACCCACACGGAGAUCUCCCCUGAGCAGUUUGACAGAAGUAUCCAGAAACUUCUAGCAACCAGGAUUGCCGUCUACCUGAUGACGUUCCUCAUCGUGACCGUGGCCUGGGCAGCACACACGAGGUUGUUCCAGGUUGUGGGGAAGAUAGACGACACCCUGGCCUUGCUCAACCUGGCCUGCAUGAUGACCAUCACCUUCCUGCCCUACACGUUUUCCUUGAUGAUGGCCUUCCCGGAGGUGCCACUGGGCAUCUUCCUGUUCUGUGUUUGCGUCAUCGCCAUCGGGGCCGUGCAGGCGCUGAUCGUGGUGUACGCCUUCCGCUUGCCCCACCUCCUUAACCCCCAGAUCGGGCACUCCACCCACCGGGGCCUCUACCGGCGCCACAUCCUACACAUCGUCCUCCGGGGCCCCGCGCUGUGCUUCCUGGCCGCAGGCUUCUCCCUGUUCUUCUACCCGGUGUCGUACCUGCUGAUGGCGACGGUCAUCUUCCUCCCCUACGCCAGCAAGGCGGCCAGCUGGUGCAGAGGCCGACUCGUGGGCCCCCGGGAGCCCCCAGCCCCCAGCGUGGAGUUCUUCACCUAUGACCUGCAGGAGCCGCUCAGCAAAGAGCGGGUGGAGGCCUUCAGCGACGGGGUCUACGCCAUCGUGGCCACGCUCCUCAUCCUGGACAUCUGCGAGGACAACGUCCCGGACGCCAAGGUCGUGGAGGAGAGGUUCCAGGGCAGCCUGGUGGCCGCGCUGAGCGAGUACGGGCCGCAGUUCCUGGCCUACUUCGGCUCCUUCGCCACCGUGGGCCUGCUCUGGUUCGCCCACCACUCCCUCUUCCUGCACGUGCGCAAGGCCACGCAGUCCAUGGGGCUGCUCAACACACUCUCGCUGGCCUUCGUGGGCGGCCUGCCCCUGGCCUACCAGCAGACCUCGGCCUUCGCCCGGCAGCCGCGCGAUGAGCUCGAGAGCGUGCGCGUGAGCUGCGCCAUCAUCUUCUUCGCCAGCAUCUUCCAGCUCGCCAUGUGGACCGCGGCCCUGCUGCGCGAGGCGGAGACGCUGCGGCCCUCGGCGCGGUUCGGGGGGCAGGAGCACGCCUUCAUGUGCGCCAAGCUGGCGCUGUACCCCGGCGCCAGCCUGCUGGCCUUCACCCUCACCUGCGUGCUGAGCAGGUUCAGCACGGCCAUCUUCCACAGCAUGCAGAUCGCCGUGCCCUUCGCCUUCCUGCUGCUGCGGCUCCUCGCACUGCUGCCCACCUUCCCAAUGCCUCCAGGCCCUGCGCGCCAUCCUCAGGUGGCCGAGCCCAUGGCCUCCAGGCCUUCCUGUGCAGUCCCGUUGCCACUCCCGGCCACAGCCAGGCUCGGGUGA